GGACCCCCUCGUGACGCACACACCAGUCGACAGUGCGUUUAGUUCAGAUCAGGUCAGGUCGGAUCGUUUUUGGAAGCAGGAUAACCAUGGCCCUAAGGGUAAUCCGUAUGGUUAUCCCUUCUGGGACAACUGCACUCAGCUCUGUCAACAUAGUGCAUAAGGCCGGUGUUCACACUAGUCCAAUCAGGAGCCUGCGUUAUGGCUGGUGGGCUUAUGCAUUGGGCGAGAGGACCACACCAAGACUGAACCGCCUCAGUAAAAUCUUCUCUGUAGAAGGGAACUUGGCUUCUGGGAAAGGAGCCCUGGCACAGAAAUUGGCAGACAAACUGGGGAUGCUGUAUAUGCCCGAGGCUGACACGUUUUACAUGGACAAGAUGACUGGUGAGAAGCAGCCUCUUUCUGUGGACUUUAAUGGCAUGUGCAGCCUGGAGAAGUUCUACACUGACCCUAAAGCUGCUGACGGCAACAGCUACAGACUCCAACACUGGAUGUACAUCAUGAGGCUGCUGCAGUACUCAGACGCCAUUGAACACAUGCUCACCACAGGCCAAGGAGUGAUCUUGGAACGGUCCCCAUUUAGUGAUAUGGUCUUUCUGGAGGCCAUGUUCAAACAGGGCUACAUCAGAAAAGCUUGUGUGGACCACUAUAAUGAGAUAAAACAUAUUAGUAUUUGUGAGUUUCUGCCUCCUCACCUGGUGAUUUAUGUUGAUCAACCAGCUGAAGAGGUGCAGAAGAAGCUCAAACAGAGCAGCAAGUCCUAUCUUCAUAACGUCCCUCUGGCCUAUCUGAAGAGCAUUGAGGACAGCUACAAGAAAUCUUACCUGCCUUCAGUCAGUGAAUCAUCUGAGCUUCUUGCCUAUGAUGUAACUCAAGCACAAGAUAUUGAUAAGGUGGCAGAAGACAUUGAGUAUUUGUCUUUUGAGAAGGGGCCCUGGCUGGAGCAGGAUGAUGUCACGUACCAUCACAUGAGAAUGCUUGUUGAAGACAAAAACAGUGUGGCAUCACUGACCCACAUACCCAAGUUUCUUCCAGAAAUAACCAUUGGAGCCCAUGAGUUUGAUGAGAAAUACUACGCAUAUAGAUCGCUUCCUGGAAAAAAGUACUCUCCUGGUUAUAACACGGACAUUGGAGACAAGAACGUUCUGUUCAAGUGAAUGCCAACGUAAUAGUUUGUUGUCUCUCUUAUUUUACUAUAUAAUUGAUCUGUCCGCUGGUCAUACAUAUGUUGUAUAUCUAACAUGUAAAUUAAAAUAUAAAGUUUUGAAUCUA